GCAUUCAGUUUCUGGGUGGCAACAAUAAUUAAGUGUACAAGGUUGAUCAUGUUAAUGGCAGGUUUGAAGUUUGUGCAGUAAAAUGAACAAAACAAAAAAGGUUAUAUCAUUCGGAAAAAUUGGACAUACAUUGAGUACAGUGCAAGCGGCAGUAGACGUAAAUAGUGUUAGAACUGAUCAACAGUCUGUGGGCUUUGGAAAAUUUGGUAAUAUAUCAAAAACCAAUGUUCAGCAGAAUGACAGCUGUGAAGAAAUUGAUGCAAUACCCGAAACAGAUCCAGAAAAUCAACAGAUGCGUGAAAUUAUGGGGUUCGGAGGGUUUGGAAAAAAGUGUAAACAAUUCAAUAUUGAAGAAAUGCUUGAACAAGUUACAAGAACGGCAAAAGAAAGGAGCAGAGCGAACAUUGAUUCUGCAGUAGAAAAACUUGGCCCUCUUUCUGUCAGUGAACCAAAAAACGAAAAACAAUUGUGUAAACAGAGUGAAGAUGACAGCAAUGAUGAUUUUAUUGGCCCUCCUGUACCAGCACAGCUGGUGCAUAGUGCAACUGAUAAUAUAAUUACGGGUAAGGAUAAAGAAGAUGAGUUUGGUGUCAGCAGUGAAAAUAGUGGUGAGGAAGAUGAUAACGAAAAUGAGGAGAAUUGGCGGGAUAAAAUUCCAGCCAGUCACGAAGUGUCGAUGCUUCAUGGCACAAAGGCAGUAGUAGCAGUAGCAGCUGAUCCUGCAGGAGCUCGAUUGGCAACGGGAUCCGUUGACUAUGACAUUCGAUUUUGGGACUUUGCUGGUAUGGAUGCUACAAUGCAAAGCUUCCGCACACUUCAGCCUUGUGAAAACCAUCCAAUAAAGAGUUUGCAGUAUUCUGUGACAGGAGAUGUGAUACUUGUGAUAUCUGGGAUGUCUCAGGCCAAAGUUCUUGAUCGAGAUGGGUUUGAAGUUGCAGAAUGUGUCAAGGGAGACCAAUAUAUUGCUGAUAUGGCAAGAACCAAAGGUCACACAGCACCAUUGAACAGUGGAUGUUGGCAUCCUCGUGUCAGGGAAGAAUUUCUGACCUGUGCAGCAGAUAGUACAUGUCGGUUGUGGGAUGUAGAGAAACCUCAACAUCACAAAGCCAUCAUUAAGACACGUGCACAGAAUGGACUCAAAACAGUUCCUACUGCAUGUGCAUAUAGCCGAGAUGGAAAUCUCAUAGCUUGUGCAUGCAUGGAUGGAUCUUUGCAGAUGUGGGAUCACCGAAAACUUUUUGUAAACACAGCAAUGCUGCUGCGAGAUGCUCACCAGUCAGGCACAGAGACAUCAUGUCUUGCAUUCUCUUACCUUGGCAGUCUACUUGCAACAAGAGGGUGUGAUGACACCCUGAAAAUUUGGGACCUGAGGGCAUUCAAGAAACCUCUACAUGUUGUUGAGGAUCUCUUUUCUCGUUAUUCCACUACUGACUGCUCAUUUAGCCCUGAUGAUGCUAUGAUACUGACAGGAGAGUCUGUUAGAAGGGGACAGAACUCUGGCAGGUUGCACUUCUAUGAUUCAAAAAUAUUUGAUAAAGUCACCGAGGUGGAUGUCACAGAUUCUCAUGUCAUCAAGGCUGUUUGGCAUCCAAAGUUGAACCAGAUUUUUGUUGGAUGUGGGAAUGGAACUGUCAAAGUUUACUAUGAUAACAACUGUAGCAUGCGUGGUGCGAAGCUCUGUGUGGUGAAGACUCGGAGGAAGGUGAAGCAAGUGGAGGUGGUGGCAGCACAGCAGAUCCUUACACCACAUGCUUUGCCAAUGUUUCGGCAGGAGAAACCCAAAUCAAUUAGGAAGCAGAUGGAGCGGGACAGACAGGAUCCUGUGAAGUCCCGCAGACCAGACCUUCCCAUUUCAUCUGGUCAGGGUGGGCGAGUGGCAACGUCUGGUGGAACUCUAAGUUCUUAUGUUAUACGUAAUUUGGGUCUCAGCAAGAGGGUGGAAGAUGACCAGGACCCUAGGGAAGCUAUCCUGCGGUAUGCAAAAGAAGCAGCAGAAAAUCCAUACUGGGUUUCCCCUGCAUACUCCAAGACACAGCCAACACCAAUAUUUCAGAAGUCUGGAGAAGAAGAUGAGGAGGAAGAUCAAGCACCUUCAGCAAAGAAGGUGAAAUUGUAAAAAUUUAUUACCACUGCAGCUAUGGAAGAGAAAAUAAAUAGGAUGCUGUAUAUUUCUGAAUUAUUCACCAACAUAUAUAUAUAUAUAUAUACACAGAAUAACCAGGGUAAAUAAAAUAAUUGUACUAGCAUACAGCACUUAACAGUGGUAUUAGCUAGUAGUGCAAUGAAACUGGUGGAGAUUUUAUUUGGUUCAACCAUAGAAGUCGUUUAUUCUACAAUGAAACUGUAUUCAGUUUUUCUAAGAGGUGUUUUCUGAAAGAAAAGCAUUUACAUUGUGAUUAAAUUUGUCGAUUAUAUGCUUUCCUUAUUUCUAGUCUUAUCACAAUUAAAACUGAAAUGGGCAAUAAUUUCCUAUCAUGAACAUCCAUUCCAAAACAUUUGGUUCCUAACAUAAGCAAAAGGAAAACAGUACUUAAAAGUCAGCAGUAGCAUCAGUUUCAACCGCUUCAUCUUUUGCAGACAGGAGUGAAGUAAUAUAGGGACAUUAAAUAUUGUAUUUGAGUGUCCUGUUCUGUCCUUCUAAAUCACUAUAUAUUACUGUUAUAUCCUUAUAUACAGUAUCUACAUUUCUCUGUUGUUUUUAAAUGAUUUGCUCCAAACUGUUCAAGAAGCUAAGGUGAUGUUAUUUGCAAUGACACAAAUAUAUAAUUAUGAAUUAUGUUUUUAGUUCAGCUGCCAGGCAAAUGAAAGAAAGCAGGAGCUCCUGCUGCUAAUAACCUUUGAAUGUUAAACAGCCCUGCUAGUGCUAGUGAGAUGAGCGUGGGAAGCAUUCCCAUUUUCCAGUAAUUCAUGUUGGGAAACUAGUAUGCCAGUAAUCAUGAUUUCUACAGCAUGUCUGGUAACAUUUGUUUUUAUCAGAAUGCCAGGAGCAGAUACAUUAUAAAAACAGUGCCUGUGCCAAUUACCACAAAGUCAUGUGGAUUACUGAGAUCUGGCUGAAUAACAGUCUGUUUCCCAGUUUCUUGGGCAGAAAAAACUGCUCCAAUGUAGCUCAAGGUGAAUUUGUUCUGAUUGCAGUUCACCAUUCAGUUAUUGGACAUAAGUAUAAUUUGUUUUAAUAUCAGAAGUGACUGGGUAUGGGUUUAAAUAUUUCUUGACAGUGGCAUAUUUCUAUGUCAUUAUUUGUACUCUUCUCGUUGUAUAUGUAAGUGAAGUAGGCAAUUAUUUGCACUAUACACAGACUGGUUAUCACAAUGUAUGUUAUUAUAUGGAAUUCCUUACUGUGUUGGUUGUUUUUGCAGAAAAUGUUAUGAAUGGUUGAUCAAAUUAAAUUGCCAGUUAGUUAAUGAACAUGUAUAAAACAUCUCUGAAUUGAAAAGUUUUAGCCUAUCUUAUUUAUCCAUAGUUCUAGAAAUUUUAACUUCUAUAAACAGUUGUUAGAGAUUAAAUCAGUAGCAAGUCUUUCAUUUACAGUACUUACACCAGAACUGAACGAGGAGCAGGUUGCAGCUUGCCUGGCCUGCAAAUGUCUCUCUUUCAGUUCAAACUUUGAAACUUCCCAUCCCCUUCUAGAUUGUUGCAGAAAUGCAAAGAGUUGCAUUCACUCGUAUGUAGGCACCAGUACAUUCUCUAAGUUAUAA